GAGAGGUGAGAGAUAUAAGUGAGAGCUGGAGGAGAGGGAGAGAUCAUGAGCAGAGAGAACAAGACUGUUCAUGUUCUGAUGCUGCCAUGGCUUGCUCAUGGUCACAUAUCGCCAUUCCUAGAGCUAGGGAAGAGGCUUUCCAAGAGGAACUUCCAUAUUUACUUGUGUUCCACUCCUGUCAACCUCAGCUCCAUCAAACCAAAGAUCUCUGAGAAGUAUUCAUCCUCCAUUGAACUUGUUGAGCUUCAUCUCCCAUCUCUGCCUGACCUCCCUCCUCACUACCACACAACCAAAGGCUUACCGCCCCACCUCAUGAACACCCUCAAAGUGGCCUUCGACAUGGCGAGUCCCGGCUUCUCCAACAUCACCAAGGACUUGAGCCCGGAUUUGAUAGUGUACGACUUUCUUCAACCGUGGGCACCGGAAAUCGCGAGAUUGCACAACAUCCCCGCGGUCAACUUCUGGAGCGCUGGCGCUGGAAUUGCUUCUUUCUUUUUCCAUGCGAUCAAGAACAUAGACGGAGAGUUCCCAUUAGAGGCGAUUAGCCUUCAUGAUCAAGAGCGAAGAAAAAUCGACCGGAUGUAUGAGAACUCGGCGGGUGGCAUCAAGGACAGAGACAGGGCUCUGCAAUGUGUAGGAAAGUCUUCCGGAAUCAUCUUGGUGAAGACAUUUCGAGAGCUGGAGGGGAAGUACAUGGACUACCUCUCCAGUCAUGUGGGCAAAAGGGUGGUCCCCGUUGGGCCACUCGUUCAAGACCCUAGUCAAGAGGACGGCGAUGAUAACAUCAUUGGGUGGCUUGACAGAAAAGAAAAAUGUUCCAGUGUCUUCGUAUCGUGUGGCACAGAAUAUUUUCUCACCGAGAGAGAAAGAGAAGAGAUUGCUUAUGGAUUGGAGCUUAGUAGCGUCAACUUCAUCUGGGUCAUUAGGUUUCCUGUAGGAGAGAGCAUGGAGCUCGAAGAGGCAUUGCCUGUGGGGUUCCUGGAAAGAGUUGGGGAUAGAGGAUUGGUGCGGGAAGGAUGGGCGCCGCAAGUGAAAAUACUGGAGCAUCGAAGCAUCAGCGGGUUCGUGAGUCACUGCGGAUGGAGCUCCAUCAUGGAAAGCAUGAAGUUGGGGGUCCCGAUCAUCGCGGUGCCAAUGCAACUCGAUCAGCCGCUGAACGCCCAGAUCGUAGAGAAGGUUGGGGUUGGAUUGGAGGUCAAGAGGAGCAAGAGUGGAGAGCUCGAGAGGGGGGAGAUAGCGAAGGCGAUCAGAAGUGUGGUGGUGGAGAAAGAUGGAGAGGGGGUGAGGAAGAAGGCCAGAGAAAUGAGUGCAAGCAUUAGGAAUAAAGGGGAGAGAGAAUUAGAUGAAGUGGUAGAUGCCUUGGUCGAUGUUUUGCAUGCAGCAUGAAGAACGAUUGUCAAAGAAUUAAUCAGAAGGUUAUUUUUUUUCCCA